AGUUCCUCAUUUGCCAGUGAAGACGGAAGAGAGGCAGCGUUAAAACAUGAACCUCCAUCACAGUUUGAUCUGCUUCUCCUUCCUCGCACUGUGGGAUGGAGACACUGGUCUCAUCAAUGCACAAAACCCUGUCCGUACAGGAACUGAAGGAGGGAACAUCACAGUUUCAUGCUCCUUCUCUCUGCCUUGGACUAAGGAAGAGGUUCUGUAAGGGAAACUGUGAGGAAGGAAACAUUCUGGUUGAAACAACUGAUGACACAGCUCAGAGAGGGAGAUACAGCCUCGUGUAUAAAAGAAUGAAUAUAUUUUCUGAUGACAUUAUGUAUGUGAGCAUCACAAAGCUGACUACAUCUGACGCAGGACGGUACGGAUGUGGUUUGGUCAGAACUUUCUCCUUCUCUUCAUACCAGGGGUUUGAGAUCAGAGUUGAUGCUGUAACCUCUGCAAAACCAACACCAGCCCCAUCAGCCUCCACACUGACGACAACUCAGAGUUUAAGCUCCACAUCUUCAUCAGCCUCCACACUGACGACAACUCAGAGUUUAAGCUCCACAUCUUCAUCGUCCUCCUCUGGAGCCUCCAAGCAGACUCAACAGCAACAGACAACCUCAGCUGGUCCAGGCGUGGUGCUGUAUAUGAGUCUGACUCUGGUCGUCAUAUUCAUCGUGUUAUCAGUAGCCUUGCUGAUAUUCUGCUGGAAGAGGGCCAGUAAACCUGAAGAACCUCCUGAGGAAACUGAGUAUGAAGUUUUCGUAGAGGCCGACCAAGUGUAUGAGGAGAUCAGAAGUAUAGAAAUGUCUACAGUUUACUCUCACAUCGAACACAUCAAACCAAAUGGAGUCGAGACCACAGACGAGUACAGUUUAGCCACUGCAGCCACUUCUCAGGAGAACACUGAAGACUCGAGUAUAGUCACCUACUCUGAGGUGAGUCUUUCCAACAGGACGGCGACCUCGCUCCACAGCGCCCCCUGUGGUGACGCAGAUUACAUCGUCUACUCUGUUCCUCGGGUAGGGGCGAGUUCGGACGUUAGCCCCGCAGAAGACGCUUCACCUCCUCUGUACUCUACUGUUACUUCACAUGAGCUGUAGCGUCAACGCCGGUACAAGUUAUAACUUACUGAAAGGUAUUUGUCUUAUACUUUGGGGUUCACACUGUCUAAGAAUGACUAGAACAGAAGCUGUAAUUUACAUAUUUUAAUGAAAAUAAACUUGACAUGACUUGAACAUUGGCAGAUUAAACAGUAUAAAGUCUUCAUCUUUUACAAAGAACAUUUAUAAAUAUUUUGUUAUCCACUAAUCUCCAGUUUUGUGUUGAAUAGCAAACUGUAACUGUGUAUUUUGCACUUAUUGUAAGUCAGCUAAAUUAACUGUAAUGUAUUAUGUCUUAAAAUGUAAAAACGAUAAUUAUGAAUGGAAGACAAACACUUGGUUGAUAUUUUACAGCUUGAGAGUGCUCAAAGAAGAAUAACAUAAAAAUAAUUCAACAUGUGAGGUUUAAAUAAAAGAAGUGAAAAUAAAUGCAAAUCUGUAAUUGUAGAAGGAAAUGUAUACUAUGCUAUAUAAUAUUUUAUAUAUAAGUUAUGUCAUAGAAAAUGUCUUAAAACCUGUAAAAAAAUAAAUAAAAUGUCAUAAUAUAAUAUGUACAAACAUACAUAUAUACAUUAUGAAGUAUUUCUGUUUUUCUUA